AGUUAGUGUGUGUACUUCCUCAUCAAAAUCGCUUCAAACUAUAAUCGUUGGAGUUGUUUUGUAAACAUAUUGGCUUCCGGGUACUUCACCUACGAAUCUCUGAAGGUUAUACUUCGGACAAGAUGGCAGUGGAAAACUUGUACAAGGUCCUCUUCUUCUUACAGUCUGCAGCCUUCACCUUAUUCAUAAUUAAUUCCUAUCGAAGCCCUAUUAGCGUGCAUACACCAGUCGAGAGACUGCGUGCACAGAGCCACUGUGAGCGGAAACCGAAUGAAACCAGGGAGAUAUUUGUUACAGCAAGGCCCACUGUUUCCCAGACUAAUGAAGUAGUUCCAAUGGUAUUUCGCGGACCUCUUUCAAAUUGUAGUCUUGCUGAUAUCAAGAAGAGACCCGGCGUGGUGAUGCUGACCACGGCAAACCUCGCCUUUGUGGAUGUCGUUCUGAACAUGCUGGAGAGCGUCAGAAGGGUUGGAGUCUGCAUCAACACCACAGUCAUCGCAGAGGAUCGGAAGGCUUAUGAUCUGCUGCUCAAGUACGCCAAGAGCGACCCUGCAGUACAUGUCCAACUAACCAACUCGGGGGAAAUGGACGUCAUAGAACACCCCCGUCGCCAUCGCAGCCAGUACUACGGGAUUAUGAACAAGCGCCAGUCGUACAUGUUGGCUUUAUUGGAACAGGGCCUGGAGGUGCUGUUUUCCGACUCCGACACGUAUUGGUUUCGGGAUCCCUUUCCACACUUCCAGGGAGAUUUUGACAUGUGCCUCCGAGGCCACACCCCAACCAGAAUAAUAAAGAAAACGGACUUCUGCGCUGGUUUCAUAUACCUGAAACCGACCAAUGCGACGAUCCAAUUUGUGAGGGGGUGGGUUGGAGUACUGGAUAGCAACAAGAAAAAGGGAUCUUACACUGCCGAUCAAUCAGUCAUGAACGGACUGCUGAAGGCUGAUAAACCCGUACAUGUGAAUAUCAAAAUGCUGGAGGAGAACCUGUUUCCAUGGGGGCCCACAUUUUUCGACUCGAAGUGGCAGAAGGAAAACCACCCCACGGUAGUGAUGCAUGCUGCUAGUAUACGCGGCCACCCAGCAAAACUGAGCAAAUUUAAGGCAUUUGGUAUGUGGCAUGUAAAUGAAAAAGCUUUGAUGCUAUAGACGUAAAUGUUUAUUAAGUUUUUGAAUAGGCAUAAUCGAUGUAGAUAGUAUAUAUAGCCAUUUGUAAUGACUUCCUCUUUUCUUUUGUACUUACUGUAAACUUAACUGCCAUUCCUCUCAUUUCACCUGUUCGCAAUUGUAACUCAGGAUAGAUUGCUACACUGUAUCAAAUCAACCUCGUCCACACGGUUUACUUGAUUUCAACCUCGUUUCAAAUAGUAGCCCUGGGGUGGGAACUUGCUUCCUGUAUCCUGAUUCGGUAGCGCAAUUAGCAGGUAAUGGAUUUAUAUCGCAUACU